AUGUGCAAGUACAAGAGAUGUAGAAGUAUUGCAAAAUAUGAGGAUAAGGAGAAGAAGAAGAAGGAGAGCAUCCUGGACCUCUCCAAAUACAUCGACAAAACAAUCCGAGUGAAAUUCCAAGGUGGCAGAGAAGCGAGUGGUGUCUUGAAAGGAUUUGACCCUCUUCUGAACCUUGUGCUCGAUGGUACCAUUGAAUAUAUGCGAGAUCCAGAUGAUCAAUACAAAUUAACAGAGGACACACGCCAGCUGGGACUUGUGGUUUGCAGAGGGACUUCUGUGGUUCUUAUUUGUCCGCAGGAUGGAAUGGAGGCUAUUCCAAACCCUUUCAUUCAGCAGCAAGAUGGCUAAUGAUUUCUUUGGAUUGUCUCUGAAGAGUUCAAGGGUGCAAAUCAUUGGAGAAAACUACCAUUGUGUGAGAAGCUUCCUGUUUUGGGGGAGGACUUUGUGUAUUUGUUAGUGUGAAAGUACAGUCAACUUUUCAUUUCGUGGCUUUCCUUAAAUGAGGAGAGAAUGGGGCACGGUGUGUAAGAAGUAAGUUCUGAUUUUGCCCUCCUCUCCCCAAAUAAAUGUGUAACUGCAUUGUUUAGAGCUGACAGGAGAGAAUAUAUUGUCAUGGAAUUGUCUGAGACCCUCUUGAUCUUGUGAGUUUUGAAGCAACCACAUAAAAUUAGUAAAGAAUGCCCUGAAUGUUGGUUAUAUUAUUUACAUUUUUAAAUACAUUGAAAUGUAUUUAAUUAAAUUAAUCUAAAGCCUUAGAAACAUUAGAAACAUGUUUUUUCUUCCUCUUAGAUGUCAGUCCUCAGCUGGUACACAUUGUGUUGUAGUCAUCCUGCUGUUGAGUUCAGUUUCUUUUGCCUGCUUGCUCCAGCGCAUGCAGGGAAAUUUCCUUGCAUGGUACCUUGUCAUCACCUGUACAGGCUACGUAGCUGAGAAGAUCUUUUCUAGCACUUGUUCCAAAUCUUGUGGGCUGUGUAUCAGAAGGCUCCCACAUUUCCACAGGAGGACUGGACCAGCUUCUAGGAUGAUUCUUGGCUGAGUGACGUGAACCUUAAGGAAGUAUCUAUUUGAUGCUUGGAAUUUUAGGGGAAGAACAUUUGAGAUUCUAAUGUUCAACUGUAGGCAGUGUCUGGAAAUACUGCAUAUUUUUAUAUUGUUGCUAUCCACUUGUGGUUCUGCGUGUUAUAACUUGAUUUGUAAGUAAACAUUUUUAUUUCUUUUAUACUGCAGAAAUAGCAAGAUUUGAGGAGUUUUGAGUGAAUAAAUACAAAUCAGUCUGUUCCUAAAUGUCUGGUUUUUAGUCUGAAAAAGCACUGUACAGCUGACACUGCAGUUUUCCACGGCUGCAAAUCUAAAUGAAACUUGUUCAGGAGGUGUGUAAACACAGCAAAAUCAGGAGGGACCAGAUCGGAAGCCAUGCUCUGCUCUAAGACAGGGAGUCGAUGCAAAAUGACUGAGAGCAUCUGGCCCCUUCUCUGAGGACUCGUGUGCUUCAACUCGAGGCAUUUUAAAGACUCUCUAGUAGAGGACAUGCCCGUAGGCUGUGUGUAACCUGCUUCUGCCACCUGCUUUUCCUGGGGACCCUUUAUGAGGAGGCUGUGGCAGAGUAAAUUGGUUUGGUGGCAGCAGCAGUCUUGUUCCUAGAGGUUGUCAAGAAAACACACCAAGGACAGGUUGUACUGGCUUUUCACUUUGGCAACAGUGCUGGACUCCUGUCCAUACCCUUUCCUGGUUCAGCUCUGAAAUGGACGGGAACUUGGAGUAAAUAAAUUCCAGUUCAGUGUAUCUGACUUUUCCAGGAGGCUAUGAAACUAGGGACCAGUUGUCUUGUGUGGCAUAUUGCCUGUGUAAACUUGAGUGCUUCUGGAUUUUAAUCUCCUAGGGGUUCAUUCUUCGAGCUUCACAGAGCUGUCCGUUGAGUCAUGCUCCUUCCAAUGUAAUUUUUUUCUAACGCUACAAAACUUGUUCUUCAUGCAAUUGCACAAUUCAAAAGAGACUCCUUAUUUAGAGUUCUCGGAGCAGAAUUUGCUCGCCAUCAGCCUGAGUAGUCUUGAACUGUCCCUUGAGUGGGAGAGAGAUUGCUGGUUAUUGAUAACACACUGCACCAUCUCUGCGCUCUUGUUUCCUGAGCGUAGCGUCAGAUGUGUUGAAGCUCUCUUGAGUGGAUUCCAGGCUCUAGGUGCAGAGGGUACAGAGAGAUCUACCUGAAGUCAUGUGUCAAGUGCAUAAACCCUGGAAAGGGGCAUGUUUCCAGCAUUUCCUGCUCGGUUGAUAGGUUGCUCUGUCUCCAUUGCAAGGUACACGGUUGUCUUUUUUUGCCGUACAGACAUCUGGGUUAUAUUUGGGGGUCAAGUACCUGAAAAUAAGAAUAUGAAAACGGUAGCUGAAUUUUAAAUGUGCAUAUGCUUUUCUGUUGGAUUCAUUCCUAAACGUGACUCCCUGUAAAACCAUUCAUAACAGCAGCUUUGCAGAAAGCCUCUUCCAGAAAUGCAGGAGGGAACCUCCAGGGGUAAAAAAGGUGCUCUUGAGCCAGAGCGCGUUGUUCUGCUUGCUGAACUCCACUGGGAAACGGGACUGAGCCUGGCUGGGAUGGGCCCUUUGGGAUUAGGGGCACUAGUUCAAGGUCACUAUGCAAAUCUCUCCACUUAAUAGCUUGGUCUAAACACUUUGGAAAAAUCACUGUGGAAUCAGUGAGCUGUUGCUUGUACUAUGACUGUAUUUAUUUAGUGCGUUGAGAUUGAGGAUGACAGAAUAUGUGACAGCCAUCUGGGUUUGAACGGGGGCU